GGACCUUCUGAGAAUGAAAAGAUGGAUCUGCAUUGCUCAGAUCUGCACUCCCCACAUAGAAACCCUGAAAGAUCAUCUUCACCUGUGAGGCMGAUGUUCACCUCUCCUGAAAGGUCUCCUUAUGUGCAACAAUCUCCAGGUCAAAGACCAAUAUCUCCUCCACAAGUUGUUCAAGACCCAAUGCAUUCCCCUAGAUCUAUUCGCCAGAGAUGGUCCCCUUCUCUUGACAGGCAAACCAAGGAUGUUAAAAGAACUUCUUCACAAGGUCAUUUGUCUCCAGCCAGACAGACUUCUCCUCCACGAAGGCAAUCUCAGCAUGAUUCUCAGAGUAGGGAUGACUCUUCUCAGAGGCACCUAUCUAGAUCACCAAGGAGGCAUCAUUCACCCUCAGACGAUAGAAGACCAGGCAGGUCAGAGUCAGGAUCACCCAGUAGGCGAAAAGAUUCUUCUGCAUGUAGAAGAGACAAUCGUGAUAGAUCUCGGUCAAGGUCCCCUAAUAUAAGAGACCGUCACAGACGAUCACCAAGGAGGAGACACUCCCCUAGACGCAGAACUCCUUCAGGGUAUUAUUCUCGUCAUCGCUCUCCUAGAAGGAGACCUUGGUCACCACCUCCUAACCGGAACACUGGAGUGGGAAGACCUGGAAAUAAUCUAUUUGUUGCAGGUUUUAGCUUUGUGACUACAGAAAGAGAUCUUGAAAGGAAGUUUUCAAGGUUUGGUCGUGUGAGAGAUGUUCGCAUAGUUCGGGAUAAGAGGUCUGGGGAUUCCCGUGGUUUUGGAUUUUUAUCCUUGGAAAGAGAUGAGGAUGCAGAUGCAGCGAUCCGAGCUUUGGACCAAACUGAAUGGAAUGGUCGGAUUGUCCUGGUGGAGAAAUCAAAAGCUCGCUGAAGCUUUACUAUGGUUCAAGCUAGUUAACCUGUUUAAACUUGGAGAUUCUGUUACUCUCAAUUUUGUUUCAUACUCAUACAUCUUUUGUCGGUAUGGUUUAAGUAAUGGAUAUAUGGCAAGUAUCACCUUAGAUAAGAUUCUCGACAUUGUAAUAAUGGUUCACGUUUUCAUGUUUCAUCCCAUGGAAUGACUGCAGAAUGUCAACCAGUUUAUGUAUUACAAAGUCUGUUUAAUUUUCAACCAUGAGUUUAAAUGCUAGAGUUUAUCUACAAGCUACUAAAACAACUGUUCUAUUUAGAUGGACUGCUAGUACAUGCUGACAUUUCUGGUGAGUUGCUUAGAAGUAA